AAUCAACUAUUUAAAGCCUUGUACAGACCCGACGAAGCUUCACUCUUUUGCCCCAAAACACUCCAGUCAAACUUAGCCCAAAAAUGGAGCUCCGAAGAUCUCUCUUGUUCUCUCUCUUCUUCCUCACUCUCUCCGUCCUCGUCAUCUCCGACUCGGAUCCGGAUUGCGUGUACACGAUCUACGUUAGGACCGGAUCGGUCAUAAAGGGAGGGACGGACUCGAAGAUCAGCGCGCAGCUCUUCUCAUCGGACGGCUACGGGAUCUUGAUCAAGGAUCUGGAGAAGUGGGGAGGGCUGAUGGGGCCCGACUACAACUACUUCGAGAGGGGCAAUCUCGACAUUUUCAGCGGCCGGGGACCGUGCUUGGAGGAGCCGAUAUGCAAGCUGAACCUGACUUCCGACGGGUCUGGGCCCCACCACGGGUGGUACGUCAACUACGUGGAGAUCACCUCUACUGGGGUCCACAUCCCCUGCCACCAGCAGCAGUUCGAGAUCGAGCAGUGGCUCGCCAGCGAUACGUCGCCGUAUGAGCUAACGGCGAUCAGGGACUACUGCCCCAAGCGCGGCGGCGGCGGCGGCGGCGACAACGGCGUUAGACACCAGGUUAAGACCGCUUCGCUACCCCAGAUUGGUCGUUUGAGUUCUGUUGUCGUUUAAGGGGAGUACUUAAUUGCGUUGUGUGUCGUUUUUGGGGAGGAAAUAAAGAGAAAGGGGUAUUUGGAUGUGGAGUUAGAUGAGAUUUGAAAGGCUGUAUUAUUUUAGCGGUUUGUUGUACUCCUUUGGUAUAUUAUUGUAUUGAUUAAAGUUGUGCCUUGGCUGGGGAAAAAAAUAGUGGGCUUUGUUGUAUUAAAUUGCACCUAUAUAAGCGGAUUAUUCGGGUCUUUGAGAAUAAUGGACCUUUUUUUUUCAUUUUUAAGUAAA